AUGAGAGCAAGCGAGGGCUACGAAGCUGGUCAAGGAUCUUGUCAUCUGCCUUACGAAAGCAAGUGGACUGAACUAGAUUUGUUUCCUCUCAGUUACAGGCAACUACAUGGUGACCUCAUUCAAACCUACCGAAUUGUCAGGGGCUGUGAGUGCGCCCUAGAAUUCGAUGUCUUCUUUGAAUUGGCUCGGACGGACAACCUGCGGAAUCAUCCAUUUAAACUGCAGAUGAAGCUGGCCCAUAUGGACGUUCGAUGGAACGCCUUCUCGCAGACGGUCCUUGGAGCGUGA